CAGCAGUUCAGUUAGUUCCUCUCCUCACUCUGAUCCACUGCAGAGAGCGCUCCCACAGAGAGACCAACUGUCAUGAAAGAGAAAGUGCUACAAACUCAGGAUGGCUCCCACCUAAGUCCUCCAGCCCCAAAGAGGGUCAUCCAGUGCCUCAGAUGUGGGGAGCCAUGUAAGGGAGAGGUGCUGCGAGUCCAAAACAGCCACUUCCACAUAAAGUGCUUUACGUGCAAGGUGUGUGGCUGUGACUUGGCUCAGAGUGGCUUCUUCAUGAAGAAUAGAGAUUACCUCUGCCCGCUAGAUUUCCAGAGGCUCCACGGCACGCUCUGCAACAGCUGUGGGGAAUUUGUGGAGGGAGAGGUGGUCACAGUCUUGGGGAAGAAUUACCACCCAGCCUGCUUUGUGUGCACUAUUUGCAAAAAGCACUUUCCUGCUGGGGAUUGUGUUACCUUCAGGGGAAAAGACUGCAUCUGUCAGCACUGUAUUCAGCCCAUGUCUCCUACUCCCAACGACAUCACCUAUCCUAGAAACUGCGCUGGCUGUGGUAGAGACAUCAAGAAUGGCCAGGCUCUGUUAGCCCUUGGUGGCCAGUGGCACCUUGGCUGCUUCAAGUGUAAAGCCUGCAGGAAAGUGCUGAGCGGAGAAUACAUUAGCAAGGAUGGCGUUCCCUAUUGUGAGAGGGACUACCAGAUUCAGUUUGGGGUACAAUGUGAAGCAUGCCAUAAGUACAUCACUGGAAAAGUCCUAGAGGCAGGGGACAAACAUUAUCACCCCACCUGUGCAAGAUGUAGCCGAUGUGACAAAAUGUUCACAGAAGGUGAAGAAAUGUAUCUGCAAGGUCAGUUUGAGAAAUUAACUAUGUGGCUAUACAUACAUCCAUGGUGUGGAUUUGGGCUCAAAUUAAUGCAUACAUAG